AUGCCAGAUUCUAGUUUGAAAGAAUUUUCUAAUCUCAAAAAGAUUACACACAUUAUGGGCAUUAUUUUUAUCUUUGCUGAUGAAUAAUAAGGCAUCUUUCGUGAAAAACAUGACCACACUAGAGCUAUCUAAUCUCUUACAAACUCGAAAAACAAACAUUGCACAAAGAGCACUUGA